GUGAGAAAACCGCUUUUAACCCCACCCGGGUACCACACGUCACUUGUUAAUCGGAUGCCGGGUUAGAAAUAAACGAGCACACCCCAGAGCGGUGUUUUGUUUUUGUUUUCGACGGUUUAUGAAGCCUGGAAACACAGGGAUGCACAUGACUAAAAAGACAAGAAACACAAUGAAGCCUCCGUCACAGUCACAGUCAUCGCCAGUAUUUGAAGGCGUGUACCACAAUGCCGGGAUGCUCCAUAUCCUUACCUCUGUGGUGGGAGCCACGUGUGACGUGAGGGUUAAAAACGGGGCUGUGUACGAAGGGAUCUUCAAGACACUCAGUUCCCAGUGUGAGCUUGCGGUGGAUGCGGUCCACAAGAGGGGGGAGGGAGGUCCAGGGGAUGACGGUGGGGGAGGUGGUGAUGGGGGAGGGGGACCCAGGAUUGAGGACAUCACAGACACCAUGAUCUUCAGCCCGUCAGAUCUGGUCACCAUGACCUGCCGCAACGUGGACCUCAGUUUCGCCAUCAGAGAUGCGUUCACAGACUCUGCCAUCAGCAGCGGGCGUGUGAACGGGGAGCAGCGGGAGAAAGUUCUGCUGCGCUGGGACGGAGGAGAUCCCAACGGAGAGGGACUGGACCUGGACACAGACUCUUCCAAUGGCUGGGAUGCUAACGAGAUGUUCAAGUUCAACGAGGAGACGUACGGAAUCAAGUCCACCUACGACUCCAACCUGUCCAUGUACACCGUCCCCCUGGAGCGGGGGUCCUCCGAGUCGUUCCGGCAGCGGGAGGCGCGCGCCGCCCGGCUGGCCAAUGAGAUCGAGGGCAGCGCUCAGUACCGCCGCCGCGUCUCCCUGGAGAACGACGAGGGGAAGAGCGAGGAGGACAAGUUCAGCGCCGUGGCGAGGGAGAGGGAGGGCCGCGCCAGCCCCGGCUUCUCCGCCGUCACCAGGGAGGGCCGCUACAUCCCGCUGCCCCAGAGGGCCCGAGAGAUGGGCGUGUCUCCCAGCAGCCUGAGGGGUGGCGCCCCGGCCCGCCCCGGAGGCCCCGCCUCCUCCAGGCACCCCGCCCCCAACUCCUCCUCCCCGAAGCCGACCACCGAUAGGAGCAGCCCCCUGUCCGUCAGGACCGCUUACUCUCCCCACCAAUCACAGGCCAGCCCCCCCACGGCCGGCAGCCCCCCCUGCUCCAAUCACGCGCCUCCACCUUUCGCUGGCGACGCCCCCCGCGCCUCCCUCAAUGGAGUCGUGUCACGAACAUCUCCUAAAGCCCAGAGGCAGGCGACUAACAGACACCUGCGCAACACCCAGCCUCCAGUCUCUCGCUCACCGAAGCCCGAUGCCCAGCCCCAGGAGUUUCCUGUGGCUGACUCCUCCCACCCAUCGGUCACCAUGCCAACGGCCAAACCGUCUGGCCCCACCCCUCUGUUUCCUGUAGAUGUGAACGAGAUCCUGAACUCUGCAGCCAAUGACCGACCAGACGGGAGCCCCCAGGACCCCAAGACUAACAAAGUCCAGCAGAGGUCCCAGUUGGAAGAGCUGCGGAAGUUUGGCAAGGAGUUCCGGCUGCAGCCAAGCUCCUCCCCCUCAGGUGGCCCCGCCUCCGCCACAGCACCUGCUCAGGCACCAGACUCCGCCCCCAGCCCCCUGGCCCACCCCUCCUCCUCCUCCCCCCAGGUUCUGCAGCAGUCCCCCGGGAUGUCGGCCUCCGCUUCAGGCCUAGCUGCCGGGCACCUGGGCUCCACUCCCGGGGGCCCGCAGGCCCCCGCCGGCGCCCCCGGAGAGGAGGCCCUGCUGGAGGGCAGAGAGGCUGGCGUACCUGCAGUGCAGGUGAAGAGCUCCACGCUGAACCCCAAUGCCAAGGAGUUCCAGCCCGUUAAGAUCAACCCUGCUGCUGUACCCCUGCAGAAGCCGUCACCCACGCCCACCCCGCCUCGCCCCAGCGCCCCCUCCCCCUCCGUGGUAAUGCCCCCCCCCGGCCAGCACCCCGUCUACAGCGGGGGUCCCGGACACUACCUGUCCUACCUGUCCCCCAUCCCACUGCAAGGGCCCGCGGUCCAGGUAACACACGCGCAGGCUCCACAGAUGUACCAGUACACCAUGUCCACCGUCAACCAGAACAAAUACCCCAGGCCUAAAGGUCCCAUGCUGGGCUCCCGUCCCGACCAGCACGGCUCCAUGGGGUCCCCGGUCCUCCACGCCGGCCCCUCCCUGGUGGCCUCCCCCUACCCCCAGUCCUACCUGCAGUACGCCCUGCCCCCCCACUACCCUGGACAGCCCAUGUACUCGGUGCUUCCCGGGGGAGCCAGGAUGCUGACCUCCGGGGCCCCACCCCAGGCCAUGGGCCCCGCCGGCCCCCAGUACCCGGGCCAAGCCGAGGCCUCCCAGGGGCAGCAGCAGGCCAUGUAUGCGCCCCAGUCGUUCUCCGGACCUCUGCAUCACCCCCAGCCCUCCAGCACCCCCACAGGAAGUCAGCCCCCACCUCAGCACGCUGCUCCAAGCCCCGCCCACUCCCAGUCCGGCCAGGGGGCCCCCCAGCCCCACGCCCUCUACCACACGGGGCAGCUGUCGGCGGCCCCGGGACACAGCUCCCCCCAGGCCUCCUUCUCCAUGCAGGGCUACAGCCUCCCGCCGCACCAGAGCCUGCCCCACUCCUUCACCCAGAUCAGCCAGCUGGCCCAGGCCCAUGUGGCGGGGGGGAUGAGCGGACACCACCACCACCCCCAGGGGGGCCACGGACCCCCGCCCGUCAUGCUGCACUACGGGCCGCCCCAGCACGCGGCUAGCCCCGCCCCCCAGCACCCCAACACCCCCCACCAGCAGGCGGCGCACCAACACUUCUACAUGGGACCGCACCCAGCUGUUCAGGUGCAGGGUCACCCCCCCCAGCAGCUGUCUUUCCACCCGGCUGGAAAUUGAGCCCUCCCUCCCAUAACCUCUGACCCCAGAAGGAGUGUCAACACUAUCCCCCCCCCCCACCCCCACCCCCACCCUCCACUCUCCACAUUCCCGCCUCUCCAACUCCUGAAAAAACAAACUCAUUUUAAUCCAUUUUAGUCGUUCUUUUACUAAAGAGAGUAGAAAGUGUCUUCCUCUGGGGUUGAAGAGGAGCUUGUGCGAGGAAGAGGAAGACAAGGACGAAGAGCAGAAACCUCUUCAUAAAAUAAUGACAAAUAAAAAAAUACACUUUUCAAUCUCAA